AUGCCCCCCGAAAACCUCUACGGCCUCCCGCGCCCCGCCACCAAAGACUCCGACAAGAACAAGAACAAGACCAACACCCCAUCCUCGUCAACCCUAGCAUUCACCACAAAGCUCAGCUCCUUGAUCUCCUCUCCAUCCCAAUCCCAAUCACACCAACACACAACCGGCCGCCCCCGCCCAAAAACCACCAGAGGAGCAAGCAACAACGACAAAGAUGAUAUCUUCGCGCGCCCCAACCGAGGCACAGCGGAACGCGCAGCAGCUGAUGAAAACGGCCUCAACGACCGAGGCAAAAAGAGAUCUGCUCUAGAACAGGUUCAUACAACCGACAGCGGCCCCGUCGACGAAGCGCUCCUCGAACGCUCAAAGCGCAGACUGAGGGAGAAGGAGGGGCUGUACGAUAUCUUGAAGGAGGGGAGGCAUCUUGUCUAUUCUGAUGAUGAGGGGGAUUCUUUUGGGGAGGACGAUGAGGGGGGUAAUGAUGGGGAGAGGCAGAGGAAGAGGGAGUUGAGGAGGUUGGCGAGGAAGGAACGAGAGGGGUUGGUGGAUUUUGACGCGAAGUGGGCUCGUUCUACCUCCCCUUCUUCCUCUAAGGGAUCCUCAUCAUCAAAGGCGGAGGAGGAAGACGAAGAGGAGGACGACGACAACGCGAGUAUCAUCUCCUACGAAGACGAGCUAGGCCGCACCCGCCGCGGAACACGCAAGGCCGCCUCCCGCGCCGCAGCUGCCGCCAUCGCUUCCACCAAGUCCAACAACCCAUCCCACCCCAGCGAACGCUGGAAGCCCGCGCAACCCGCGAACCUCAUCCACGGCAGCACGAUCCAAACGCAGGCUUUCGACCCCGACGCGCCGACAGCGACGCACAUGGCGCGGUUGGCGGCAAGACGGGACCGGUCUGCGACGCCGCCGGAGGAAAUGCACUAUGACGCUAGUGGUGAGGUGCGCGCGCGGGGGACGGAGUUUUAUGCGUUUUCGAGGGAUGAGGGGGUUAGGAGGGGGCAGAUGGAGGCUUUACAGAGGGGGAGGGAGGAGACGGAGAGGGGGAGGGAGGAGAGGAAGUUGAGGAGGGAGAGGAGGGGGUUGGUGAGGGUGGAGAGGGGGAGAAAGAUUGAGGAGUUGAGGGGGAGGAGGAGGGCGGAGGCUUUUUUGGAGGGUUUGUCUUAG